UACGUACGAAACUAUUGUAACAACUCCGCAUAGUUGAAAUUUGUUUGAAAAUGGCGGACAGCGACAAGAAGCAGACGCCGAACGAUGCUAACGAUUCUGACGAAAAAAGUUUAGAAGAGUUUAUCACUCAUCAUUACCAGCGUCAAAAAGAAAAUGGGAAGAUGGAUGCCACUGAAGACAUUGAUGAUGACCGGACUUCAAAUUUCUUUGACAGAGCCAUAUCUGAGAGCAGAAGGAUGAACAAAGAAGUGGACAAAUCCCAGGUAAAGCUGGAUAAGCUGUCAGCAGAGUUUGGAGCUGAGAGAAUAACUGCCUGGCAGGCUGAGCACGCUGCUGAAGUUCUCACCCCACAACAAAUUGCUGUGAUGGGCAUACAGCCAACAGACACAUCCUGACAAUGAAGGAUCUGAUUCUCAUGCCGAUUCAUCAUGUACAAAGUGUUUAUGCACAGCAGCAGGUUCAUUUGAUUCAUGUUUAGCUGUUGGUGACAUAAUAUACUGAAUCAGAGGUUAUCAACAGUGAUGAUGCAUAUAUAUAUGCUGAUAAAGAAACAUCAACUCCUGCAUCCUCGAUAUCCAGGAGUUACGCUCAAUUUCUCUCUCUACACCCCUGGAAUAUAUGU